AUGUAAGACCCCUCAGAUUUAAAUUGCCAAGUUGAAAAUGAGCCAAGUAUCUAACAAAUUAGAUCAAUCAAGAUUUAAAAGAAUAAAAGGUUAGUGAUGAAAUUUUCAUCUGAUUCUGAAAAUGUAGAAAGUGAUUAGAGCGUUGAUAACUCUUAAUAUUACAGAAAAUAAUUUUUAGAGAGUUAUUCAAUGUUUACAACAAAGAAUUCAAUCCCAGGAAAAUUUAAAAGCUUAAAUUAACCAAGCUAUUCUGAAACUUAUAAGGCAAAACUUGCAUCAAUACGAAAAAUAAAAUCAUUUAGACUUGAUGAUGACAUAUAUAGUUAAGAUGAAGAAGAAAGUUUGCCAAAAGAAUUGAUGUUAGUCAAUUUUCAGUUUAGAUAAGAUGCUAUAAUUAAUGUUUAAAAAAUCCUUAAAUAAAAGAAAUGA